GGCCGGCGCAAACUCCAACGACGGCGCAGUGCGCGCUGACGGGGGCUCGCAGAGAGCUCAGUUUGGCUGCUAAGCGCCGCCACUGCUCCCCGCGCGCUGCGUCGAGACAGCGGCGCGAAACGGCUAAUAACAGACGACAACAGACAACAACAGCGCGAGCAAGGAUGCCGCGCCAAAAAGCCGAGGCCCUGGCCGUGGGCGACACCGUGCGCCUCCUCAAAGGCGCGCACGAGGGCGCCGUCGGCGUGGUGCUGGAGAAGACGGGCGGCGGGUGGAUGAAGAUCCUGACGCCGCUGGGCACGGUCAAGGUGCAGGGCCGGGCGUCGGUGGACAAGGUCGACCAGGUGGCCGCCGGCAAGGAGAACGCGGGCACCGCGGCGGCCGCGUCGCCGGCCGCGCCGGCAGCGGUGUCGGCACAAACCGCGGCUCUGCUGCAGCAGACCAUACCGCCACCGCCCCCGGCCGUGGCCACGCCGCCGACCCCACCGCCGCCGCCGCCGCCGGCCGCGACGCCCCCGCAGCCCGCGCGCCCGCCGCCGACGCCGCCGACGCGCGACCUCGAGGUCGCGGCGGAGAAGGAGCUGGAGCGCCAGCGCCAGGAGCAGCUCGCGCUCGAGGCGGCACGCGCCCGCAGGGCGCGGGAGGAGGCACGCGCCCGCGCCGACGAGGCGCGGCGGCGGCAGGCGGCCGAGGAAAGCCGGGCGCGCGACGCGGCAGAAGCGGCGCGGCGGCGGGCGGCCGUCGCGGCCGCGGCGCGGCCGCCCCCGCCGCCGCCGCCGCCGCCCGGACCCUCCCUGGCGACCGGCGCCGGCGCCACGCCGAGCGGCUUCCCCGCGUUCCGCACGACGACGCCGUCGCCGACGCCCCAGAAGGCGGCGCCGCCGCAGCACCGGCAGCCCCAGAUGCGCAAGCGCGAGUCCUUCGCCGAGCGCUUCAAGCAGGCCCAGCGCAAGGGCGAGGAGCAGGCGCGCCGGUCGUCGUUCGAGUUCAAGCGGAGCUCCGUCGGCGGCCGCGAGUCGUGCGGCGGCCGCGAGUCCUGCGACGCCGACGACGCCUACUACGCGCGCGCGGCGCAGCGCGCGGCCGCCGGCGUCUUCGCGCCGGCGAGUUCCGCCGCGUUACGCCUCGGCAAGGCGCGGCACUACGUCGCGCUCGGCCUGCCGGCGACGGCGGCGACGCCGGAGAUCAAGCGGAGCUUCCGCGACCUCGCGCGCGCGCAUCAUCCCGACCGGCACGUCGGCUCGGCGACGGCGGACGCGUCGGCGGAGCUCUUCAAGCGCAUCUCCGCGGCCUACGAGGCGCUCCGCGACGGCGACUCGCGGAAGGCGUACCAGCGCGCGGUGCUCGCCGGGCGCGCGGACUAAGUCUAAG